AGUUUAUUAAAGGCUGUUUCUGCAGUUUUCUGUGAGACACGGAAGCCGGUAACAAGUUUCGAACCCGUGACGUCACAGUCUCCUGCCGGAGUUCUUGUGGUCCGGUCUGAGACCAAAACAGGGAUGUGAGCCUGAAGUCUGGACCGGGACAGGAUCCGUGUCCUUUACAUGUUGAAAACCAGAGACCGUCUGUUACGGACCGAGAACAGCCACUUGACCCACCAGUCAGAGAUGCUGCUAUUCCUGUCCCUGCUGCUCUUCUGUUCGUCACUAGAGGGCAACAAAAUACCAAUCAGCUGCUACAAUGACAACGGAGAAGCUGUUGACUGGUUUUACCUGUACAAGCUUCCCAAAGAACAUGGCAGAAAAAGUAUUGAGGAAGGUGAGAAGUAUUUAUUCCUGGAAAAGGGCAGUGAAGGAUGGGCUGAUGGGAAAGUAUCGGUGAACGACACCACGGGGGCCUUGGGCAGGACUGUCGGACAACUGUACACCCAAACAAAGAACACGGAGGUGGCUUACAUCCUGUACAACGACCAGAGGCCACCCAAGGGUGUCUCUGACAGAUGGUUGGAUGACGGAGACAGCAGCAGGGGUCACACCAAAGGUGUUGUUCUGCUGGAUAAGGAGCAGGGCUUCUGGUUGGUCCACAGCACCCCUCACUUCCCCCCUGUCCAGAAGGAAGGCCAGUAUUAUUACCCCAGCAGUGGGGUGAAUAAUGGGCAGAACUUCAUCUGUGUUACCUACCCGCUGGAACGCUUCCAGACCAUAGGGGAGCAACUGCAGAUCAACCAGCCUAAGGUGUAUGACUGUGAUGUCCCAGAGUCCUUUGCGGCGUUAGUGCCUGCUCUGGCCGCCGUCUGUAAGAAAGCACACUCAUCCAAUCAUCUCUUUCCACACGCCAAAGCUGUGUCCAAUCGCAGUGUGACGCUGACGUCCAAGGAAGGGACCGACUUCAUCAGCUUCGCCAAAGGAGCCUCCUUUGACAACGACCUGUACCACUCCUGGGUGGCCCCCUUCCUCCAGUCUGAUCUCCUGGUCCAGUUCUGGGUCCGGUCCACCGGGGUCCUCCGUUCAGACUGCUCCAAGGGCUGGAGGGUCCUGGACGUCCAGCUCCUCUCCCCGGGGAAGAGGUUCACCUUCAAGGCCAGCCAGGACCAUUCCAAGUGGGCUGUGAGCCCACAGGGGACCGGGCAGGGGGGCAGAGGAGGGGGGGGCUGGGUCUGUGUGGGAGACAUAAACCGGAACGAGGCGGAGGAGAAGCGAGGAGGAGGGACGGUGUGUCUGCAGGACGCCGUUGUGUGGAAGGCGUAUCGGACGGCGGCGUUGGAGUGUGAGGGGUGUGACGGGGAAACGGUGCAGUGUUGAUCCUGGCUGGAGGUCAAUGGGGUGGGGGCUGCACUGGAGACCAUAUGUAUAUGGACAGUUUACUACUAUAUCUGCAGGGUUAGUGUUUCUAUGUGCUGUUCACCAUGUUUUAGGCUCCACUCAUUCACUUCUGUAAAUGUUAAUGAUGUCAAAUCAAUGAUAAUAAUAAUACAGGGUUUCUGCAGGUCAUUAAAAAGAAUUAAAAGUCAUUAAAUUGAUUUUGUGAAAAUUAAGGCCUUAAAUGGCAUUAAAAAGCAAUAAAUUAGAUUUGCUGAUACCUGCAGAAACCCCGUAAUAAUAAUAACAAAUAAUUUUCCAGCAGCAGAUUGUAUUUUUGUGGUGUUAAUGUGUAGUCUCUGGGUUGGGUUCUAAAACAGCACAUGCAACUCAUGUUUUAAACAACUAAAAAUAAAAAAUGUAAUUGUCAAAGUCUUGGUAUUGUUGCAGUUGUUUACAUUUUUUAGUCCUUCAUCACAUUAUUAAAGCAGAAGUGAUAAUCUGUCGGGAAUCAGAACAUAAUUGUUGGUGAAAGUAAACAGGCGAUCAGAACAUACAGAAUAAACUCAGGAAAACAACAAAACUUUCAAAGGUUUUUGAAGCACUUAAAAACAAAACCCAAACAAACCUAAAGGUAAAAGAAUAACAUCUUUUGCUAAAUUAAUGAAAUUAUGAUAGUGAUAAUAGUAGUUAUGGAGUCCUAAUUCAGAUUUUUUUUACCCACUUCUGUGGAAAAUCAACCAGAUGGUUUGAUGUUUACGUUAAAGGAAGCUUAAAUACAUAUGAGCUCGACAGAGAAGCGGAAUUUACAGACUAGACUUUAGAAAUCAGAAUCAGCAAAGGAAAUUCCAGUUGGUGCAUGUGUUCAAGUAUAAAAAGCAGAAGUGCAGAAAUACUCUUUGUACAGGG